UGACUCGCUGACUUGGAGUGACUCGGAGCGGCUCGGCCAUGUGGGGAUGAGAUGUGAUCUGGAUCACAGGAGGAAGCAAAACAACACGUACAAGCUCCGAGUGCCAGCAGUCCUGGUUGACGGAUUGGAUAUUUUAAUUUGACACCUGACCCGGCUGAGGAUGAGCGGAGCAGCAGACGUGGUGUGUGAAGGCUGGCUGCGAAAAUCACCUCCAGAGAAAAAACUGCGACGUUAUGCCUGGAAAAGACGGUGGUUCGUCCUGCGUAGCGGCCGGCUGAGCGGAGAACCAGACGUUCUGCAGUACUACAAGAACCAGCAUUCCCGGCGGCCAAUUGGGACCAUCAACUUGAAUCUGUGUGAGCAGGUGGACGCCGGCCUCUCCUUCACCAAGAAGGAGCUGGAGACCAGCUUUGUCUUCGACCUGCGAACCGAGGAGAGGACCUGGUACCUGGUGGCCGAGUCCGAGGAGGACAUGAACCGCUGGGUCACAUCCAUCUGCCUCCUGUGUGGCUUCAACCCAACAGACGACGCUGCAGAAAGACAAUUAAGGUCCAACUCUGCCUCCACCUCCGUGACCACAACCAGAGGCACGCCUACUAUCACCAUGGUAACGGGGUCCAUCCCACCCCCGUACGACCCCGUGAGCGUGCGUCAUCUGGAGCACGAUAGCAGUGCAGAGGACGACUACCUGUGGCUGUCAAACUGCCAGAGUCACACCAGGCCUGCUUUGGGUUCAUCCACCUCUCUUGAGACGGACUACAGCGACAACCUCUACCCUCCUCCCUCGGCCACCUUCUCCUCCUCCUCUUCCUGCUCUUCCUCCUCUUCUCUUCCUCCAAGCAGCCUUCCACCUCCGUCCUCGUCCGGGUUCAGGUCGGCUCCUUGGACAGUGGUUGCCAUGGCGAGCCCCCUCAGCCAGUCCCUGGACGCCACCAUGACUUCCGACUUCCAGAAACGAGCCGCCCGGUUGCACGGCCACCCCUCCUCUCAUCCCAGGAAGCACUCCUUAGAUUUCCACCUGCGUCCGGCUGCCGUGCCGCUCAGCGAUGACAACCGCUCCAGCGCCUAUCCUUCGAGCAUCACGAGCGGCUACCAGGUCCCCCGUCCGGCAUCCACCCCUCAGCCGCCUCCCCCACGCCGGCCCUCUUCCACGCCCAGCGUGGACUCGCUAACUCAGGCCGAGCUCCACGCCGCCAUCCCGCCUCCUCCCCCUCGGCCGCCCAAGCCCCCCACCGUCACACCGCAUGGAGAGAUCGCUGCGGUUUUCACAGGGCCUGGUGCGCUACCAAGAGCCAACUCUGAACCGGAGAGGAGGGAUGAGGGCAUCAGCAGAGGAACACUGACGAGAGGGAGCGAAUCUGUCUUCAUUCCUCGAUCUCAGUCUGACAGAGCCACCAUGUUUGAGUUCAGCGAGAGCUUCAACACCUACUUUUUUAAUAAAGGCAUGGUUCCUCUGGGAAGCCUUUGUUCUGAAGAUGACGAUCUGGAUGAAAGUUAUGUUCCCAUGAGCGCCUCCACCAGCGAGCCACCGGUUGCAGCGAGGACUAAUCCAGGGGGUCCAUCAGACUUUACUGCUGAGCUCCAGGAUGGCAACUACGUCCCAAUGACUCCACUGACCUCCUCCCUACCCGCUUAUCCCGUUGCUGCUGCAGGUGACCUAGCGUCGCUGGGGAGGCAGGUGCCUCCACCUGCCCACAUGGGUUUUCGUAAUUCCACAAUGACUCCAGUCAUUCCCUCCACCCCGCCGCUGCGGAGGAAUACAAUGCACAACACCAGCGUAGGUGAAGCUGAAGUCGUUCCUCCUCCAAUCCACCGCAACCUGAAACCUCAGCGGAAAGGAGUUUGUGGCGGUCAGGCUGUGGAGAAGAGCAGCAGACAGAUCCCUGCAGAGGCCACACAUAAAACAAAAGUAAAACCAGCUCCUCUGGAAAUAACGCCGGUGUCGCAGGACUGGCAGGAAGUCCCGCCUCCUGUUCGCUCACCUGUCACUCGGACCUUCACUCGACGUCCGUCCAUUCGUGGGUCAUUCAGGCCGAUCUCGGCCCAAAGCUCAUCCCCGUCCUCUGAUUCUGAUGACCCCAACGACAGCUACGUAACCAUGGUGACCUGCAGUCUCAGUCAAAGCGCUGGGGAGCAGUCGCUGAGGAUGAUGCUGCACCGCGGCUCUGAGGGUGGAGUCAGCAGCACACUGGUACAACGAGCUGAAAAACAGGUGGAGUAUCUGGAUCUGGACCUCCACACAGGACGAUCGACACCAACAAGACAGAAACGCUCCACUGCAGAAGGUGGGCCCAGCAGCAGCGAUCACGCUGCAGCAGGUGAUGAACGAGCGCGCGGCGACCGCAGGCGGGUGGACUACGUGGUGGUGGAUCCCAAACGGACCAAAGCCCUGAAGAACACCCGGGAAGCGUGGCAUGAUGGGAGGAUGUCCACGGAAAAAGAGAAAAGCUAGGCAUGCUGGGGAAAAAGAAAACCUCCCAGAGGAAUGGCUGGGAUUGGCUGAACUUCCUCACCAUCAGACAGACAUUAACGUUUGUUUAAAGCAGUAAAUCUCUUCACAUCUCGUUUUCUUUCUCCUUAAAGGGGCAGUAUCACGUAUUUUGUAUCAAGUAACUAUGGUACCUUGUGUUGCAGAAAUUCUACGUACUUAAAAAAAAUUACUUUGUAAAUUUACGCCUUGAAAUUGGGUCUCUGUGUCUUUAAGAAGCUCUUUCUGAAACUCAUCUUUCAGGAAGUCAUCACAACAUGGCUCCUCCCUUAAAACCUCUAACAACAUUUUUGCCAGCGUUUCACUGAGAAGUAGCUCCUAUAAGGAACUCUGCACAUGCACAUGUGCAGCUCCACCAGAUGUUUGCUAAUUUCUGCUAGCUAGUCUGAAGGAGCCGAGCAGAGGAGUUGCUGGGUGGAGAAAACGGGGAAUAUGCUUUCGGUCCCUCCAGGCUCUGUUGAAUGGUUGCCAUGGAGAUUAAAGGAUUUCUCAAACAUGCUUGAGAGAAUCUGAUGAGGAAAUAUAGCAUGAAGUAAAGCUCAAAAAAGUUGACUUUUACAUGAUACUGCCCCUUUAAAAGUUCAACCAGAAUGUAAAUCACAAGUAGCUCAUCUGAUUUUUUCUUUUUUUUUAGCAUCCUUGUGGUAAAAAUAAUUUAUUUUAAAUUGUACAAUUACACUCAGUGGCCACUUUGUUAGACACACCUCAGUAAAGCGAUUUGUAUCAAACCUUAGAAAAGCAUUAAUUCUUCAUGGCAGAGAUGUGAUCUAUAUCACCGGGACAGCAUCAUCGUACUGCUGCUGAUCCACUUUUAUUAUAUCUAUUCUAAGUUCUGACCAAACCAUCUGAGUGUGUGAGACGUGUUGUGUGUGUUUGUUGCCUUUUCUUUCAUCUUUAAACCAGUUUCAUCCUCACAGCUGCUGCUCACGGUGGAUUUUCUAUAUUUGAAUCAUUUUCUAUAAACCUGAGACGUGGCUUUCUGUCUGAUUUACUAUUUGUGGUAAUAAUCAGUUCACCUGGUGUUCCUAAUAAAGUGGCCAGUGAGCAUAAAUAUUUUGCUCGUCUAAAAUAAUUUACAUUAAUUACAUUUUAGGCAACUGUGAUGCCACAUCUGAUGGAGGGAGUAACGCAAGUUUGACGUUUUUCUGACAUAAGUUCAAACAACUCAGUUUAUUUUGUGGUUCUGCUGAUUGAAGGCCAGGAAAGAAAACAGAAAGGAGCAUUUUUUUGUGUGUUAAAACAUGAAUAACAAAUGUUUCAUAAAUUAGUGACGACCACAGAAUUUGUGUUUUGGACAGUAUGAGUUUUGAACAGUUGGAAUAAUUCAGAAAACGACUUCCUGCCGUUUUCAAGAACAGACGAGCUUAAAAUCUGCUUUGGUCUUUAUUUUACAUUUGAUUUAGCAUUUAGACAUUUUUUUCAAAGAGAAGUAUUAGAAAAAAGUAACAUUGCUGCCCUGGAAACCAGGUUUAUUAUUCAGAAUAAAUCUUGAGCAGUCAAGCAGAGUUUAUCCAGUUUAAUUUAGUUAAAUAUCACACAAACGUUUCCUGCAGUAGACAAAAUAGAUUUGGCAUUUAAGUUAAAUAAAUGCAAUGCAAGUUAAAAACCAAUAGUGUCAAAACAAACAAUUAAUGCUAUAUUUGAAUUACCUUGAUGAAUGUUGGUUUAGAUACAUUAUUAACUAUUAAAACCGAGACAUUCAGGCUAUUUCACAUCAAUUAUAAUCAUCAGCAUCAUGUUUGUUUCAGCCUGAAAAGAUAAACUAAGGGACAAAGUUGCUGUUGGUAUUUGUUAAAAUAUAUAUAAACUUUUUUUUGCAUUCUAUUUUUGUUCAUAUUAUUAAAACCCAGAAGCAAGUAAAAAAAAACUGUCCAUCGCAAAAAAACAAAAAACAAACAUAAAAUCAUCUCAGGGUGUUUUUGCUUAAGCAUUUCUUUAAGCAAUUUCAAAAUCUAAAAACAAUUUUCUGAAAGAAUCCAUACUUGUAGGUCACAUCACCACCAGCAGAAAUAAUAAAAUCCAGCAAAAUAUAAUAAAAAAGUCUCAAAUAUUGAAAACAAAUAAGCUGUGAAAUGUAAAUUCAAUGACUUUAUAGUGUUGGAUGUAGAUAUAAAAUGUAACUGUUGAAUAUUGUGAUUAAUAAAAUAAAAUGCAUAACCUC